AUGGCUCUCAGAACUUGCUCUGACUCCAAACUCUAUGAGUAUCGGGAGUUUGAAGAAAAGCCGUGUAAAUGUACGUGUGGGAGAGCCUUCAGCGACCCCCAGUGCUUCCAGAACGCUGACAGCACCAACGCAGGAGUGAGAACCCACGAGUGUCAGCAGUGUGGGAAUGUCUUCAGUCAUCCCACUUCCCCUGAAAUGUUUGCGAGCACCGUACAGAAACUGUUUGUGUGUCAGCAAUGUGGGAAAGCGUUUCGUUCUUCCAGUUACAUUAAAAUUCACGAAAGGACGCACAGUGGGGAGAAGCCUUACGUGUGCAGCUACUGUGGGAAGGCCUUCCGGCAGUCAAGUCACCGCAUCCGACAUGAAAGGACUCACACCGGAGAGAAGCCGUGUGUGUGUGAGCAGUGUGGGAAAACCUUCUAUUCUUUGAGUGAUGUUCGAAAGCAUGAACGAAUUCACAGUGGUGAGAAACCUUUUCUGUGUAAAGAGUGCGGGAAAGCCUUCAGUGACUCAAGCUCCUUGCACAAACAUAAAAUAACCCACACUGAAGAGAAGCCCUAUGUAUGUAGACAGUGUGGAAAAGCCUUCAGGUCCUGCGGCUAUCUGACCAUACACGAGAGGACUCACACUGGAGAGAAGCCUUACGUCUGUAAUCAGUGUGGGAAAGCAUUCGGGCAAUCCAGUCACUGUCUCAUCCACGAGAGAACUCACACUGGAGAGAAGCCCUAUGUGUGUAAGCAGUGUGGGAAAGCCUUCUUUACUCUCAGUGGUCGUCGGAAACACGAGCGAACUCACAAUGAAGAGAAACCCUUCCCCUGUAACGAAUGUGGAGAAGCCUUCAGUGAUUCCAGUUCCUUACACACACACAAAAUAAAACACUGGGGAGAAGCUUUAUGUAUGUAA